AUGCCAAAAUUUGUCGAUUUCUCACAAGAAUUUUAUAUUCGAUACGAUGAGAUUCAAAAGGAGAUUGCUGCUGCCGAAGAAAUCGACCAAUUGCAACUAUUGGCCGAGAACAUUAAUUUGUUGAAAGAUUGGAUCUCGGACAAAGCUGAACAGUCGAAGGUUCCCUCCUAUAAUCUGAAGGAAUACUCCAAAUCGAUCAAAGACUUGAUUCUUCAGUAUGAGUUGAAAAAGUCUUCCUUCAUGCCCAAAAGUUUUAAAUUCAAGCAUAGACCAGUAUCGGAUCUCGCAGAUAAGAGAGUCGUCUUAAAUGAACAGCAGGAAGUACUCAAUACUGCCAUGCGAUCAUUUGCCGUUCCAACUUUAUCAAAUAUCACAGAUAAAUUCUUGUACCUUGAAUCCGGGGCUGGAAAUGUGUACUUCAAAGGAUUGCGUAGCUGCACGGUGGACAUUUCUCCGUCCCGUUCAGUCAGUUCCAUCACCCUUGAAGAUUGCGAGUAUACUAUUUUCCGUCUACAUUCAGAAGCAUUUAUCUUCCUCACUAACAUCAAUAAUUGUUUACUAAAGGCCUCAUGUCAGCAAUUACGUGUUCAUGAUACACACCAAACGUUCUUAGAUGUAUCCAUCGAAACAGACACUAAUCACAUAGUUAUUGAGAAUUCCGAUCAACUCCAGAUUGUGGAAUCUGGCAGUAAUUUCACUGUAGACGAUUUCAAUCGACCAAAUCAAGAUACUGACUCUGAUUCUAACUACAAACUAGUGAGCUGUCAGAAAUAUGAACAUACUAUAGCUGAUUACUAUCAAAAUUUAAGGCAGGGUCUACCUUAUUCCUCUAGUCACACAGUCGAUUUAAUUGAUAUGGUGAAAAAUUAA